AUAUAUCUAUAUACUAUAUAUAUCACCACUACCAAACUUUGCGUCGUACAAGAUGGCCUCUGAUCGGUUCCCUACAAAACAUCGAUCCUAAUUUACACUCAAUGCCCAUUCAAUUCGUGUAAUUUCAUCACCAAUUUAAGUUAGUUGUUCAGGGAUUAAAAGGUGGAUAUCUCUGUUGAUAAUGGUGGUUAUGUCGAUUAAAAUAUCUGAUGGGAAUGUGCCGAAAAGUCGAAAUGAAAACGGUAACUGUUCGGUGAAUGUGGCGCCUGUUCGUCCGGUUAAAUGGAAGCGUAGGCAUGUGUCCUGUGUUAGGGAUUUUCCGCCAGGGUGUGGACCGGUUCCGAUUGCUGUUGUUCCAACGGUUUCAUCACCGGUUGUUGAUAAUCACGAAGGUACUGAUGCGCCGGUUGAUGUUGUUGUUCCUCGUGAAGCUGAACUGGUUUCGUCGCCGGUUGCUGAUAAUCGUGUAGCUAGUGAUGCGCCGAUCAAUGUUGUUGUUGUUCCUCGUGAAGCUGGACCGGUUGUUGGUAAUCAUGUGGCUAGUGAUGCGCCGAUCGAUGUUGUUGUUCCUUGUGAAGCUGAACCGGUUGUUGGUAAUCAUGUAGCUAGUGAUGCGCCGAUCGACGUUGUUGUUCCUCGUGAAGCUGAACCGGUUGUUGGUGAUCAUGUAGCUAGUGAUGCGCCGAUCGACGUUGUUGUUCCUCGUGAAGGUGAACCGGUUUCAUCACCGGUUGUUGAUGGUCAUGUUAACAGUGAAGCUGGGAGUGGUGAAGCGGUGGGAUCGAAUGUGGGAAAUUUGGUGAAUGAUGUGGUGCGGAAUGGAGAUGUUAAAGCGGAUAAUGGUGUUAGUGUUGUUCCGGAAGCUCGACGGAGGAUGAAAUAUAAACCAAGAAAGGUUUGUGCGGUUCGGGAUUUCCCUCCUUUUUGUGGACCGAACGCACCUGAACCGACAGAAGAAGACCGUAGAAGAAUUAACGGAAUGAAGAGUUGUGUAAACGAGUCAAACAGGGGUGUGAACGGGGACUUGGUCAAGAAAACUCGAUCAGAUGAAUCAAAUGAGGCUUCUGUAACAAAACAAGAGAUGCAAAUGAUAGUUGAAUCAAAGACAUAUGUUGAAAAUGCGAGGUUUGAAUCAAGUAAAAAGGUGCAAAACAUAGGUCAAGCGUGCCAGGAGCUUGUGGUGUACACGCUUGACAAAGAUAUGCAGAUAGUAUCGUCGGCUGAUGCUCGUGAUGUAGAUUGUGACGAGGAUGCUCGAGACAACACGCCACUUUCCAUAAUUCAAAAGGACAUGAAUGUAAAUAAUCGAGAAGCGGGAUCCAAGAGACAUGUGAAAAAGAGACCGUCGGAUGGUACUAAAGAUUUUGUAUUUAUGGGAGACAAGAUUAAGGUGGUCAUCGGUCUGAAAGCUCCAUCGCUUUGUACACGGGAAACUAAACAAAACAGUUUAACCAAAGAGGCGAAAGGUCGUACAUCAAUAACACCGAAAAAAAUCGAAGAAAAGUUUGUUGGGGAGUCUAGCUUUACGAAGGCUGCUAAUACGGGUACACUUGAAAAGGUAGAAAAAGAUUUAACCAACAAGGUGAAGGGGGAUGCUUCAAUGACACCGAAAAAAUCGAUCAAGAAAAAACAAAAAAAGGCUACUGUGGCUAGUGCGCUCGCAAUGGUUGUCAGGAAUGAGGAAGAUUCUCUCACCGAUAUCGAAGUAAAAGAAGGAUUUCUCGAUUUACAAGGAACAGAUGAUGUAUAUGUAGACGUAGACGUAGAUGUAGAUGUAUCGUUACCUCCUUUUGGUCCCAGAAGUUCGAACAAUGCGCGGAAUAAAGUUCGGGAAGCUUUACAAUAUUUUCAAUUUCUGUGUAGAAAACUCUUGCGGGCUGAAGAAGCCAAAACCAAUGAUGCAAACUCAAAAAAGAAACGAGUCGACCUUGAAGCAAAAGCUCAGAUGGAAAAAAGAGGCAGAACGCUCGUUUUAGGUGAUAAAACGUACGGGCCGGUACCGGGAGUAGAGGUCGGAGACGAGUUUCAGUACCGGGUCGAGCUUUUUUUGGUGGGUAUUCACCGCCUGCUUCAGGGUGGUAUAGAUUAUGUUAAAAAGGGUAACAAGUUUUUUGCAGUUAGUGUAGUUGCGUCUGGCGGUUACGACAAUGAAGUUGAUAAGCCCGAUUGCUUGAUGUACUCAGGUGCGGGUGGGGUCGGAAAAGAUAAAAGCUACGAAAACCAAAAACUUGAGAGGGGGAAUUUGGCGUUGAAAAAUAACGUGGAUUUGAAGUAUCCGGUUCGGGUUAUCCGUGGAUAUAAAGUCAAACCACCUGAAUCAUCGGAUUCAAAUAACAAGGUGCUAACGACCUACAUAUACGACGGGUUGUACACGGUGGAGUCUUGCAAUCAGGUGACUGGACCCAAAGGUAACAUGGUUUUCAAAUUUGAACUGAAACGAGUUCCGGGUCAACCACAGCUCGCAAUACGAGAAGUGAUGUCGAAAAAGUAUAAAAAACGAGAAGGCGUUUGUGUUAAAGAUAUAAGCGAUGGUAAAGAAAAGUUUCCAAUAUGUGCGAUUAACACAAUUGACGAUGAAAAACCACCAGCAUUUACUUACAUUACGAAAAUCAUGUAUCCUGACUGGUAUAAGCCGAUCCCCCCUGAAGGAUGCGACUGUGUGGGCCGGUGUUCUGAAAAAAAAUGCCCGUGUGCGUUCAAAAACGGCGGUGAGAUACCGUAUAAUCGUAACGGCGCGAUAGUCGAACCAAAAACGUUGGUUUAUGAAUGUGGCCCGUUAUGCAAGUGUCCACCUUCUUGUUAUAAUCGGGUCACCCAACACGGUAUGAAAAUCCAUCUCGAGAUUUUUAAGACGGAGUCAAGGGGGUGGGGGGUUCGGUCUUUGAGUUCGAUUUCUUCCGGAAGCUUUAUAUGUGAAUACGUCGGUGAGCUUCUGGAAGAAUCGGAAGCGGAAGAACGAAAGGGUAAAGACGAGUAUCUAUUCGAUAUCGGGCAAAACUACAAUGAUUGUUCGCUUAACCCCGAUACAAAUCCUGUGAAGAUUGCUAACACGGGUGAUGGGUUUACUAUCGAUGCUGCGGAUUAUGGGAACAUUGGUCGGUUUAUAAAUCAUAGCUGUUCGCCAAAUCUUUAUGCGCAAAACGUACUCUAUGACGAGGAUGAUAAACGGAUGCCGCAUAUUAUGCUGUUUGCUACUGAAAAUAUCCCGCCUUUACAGGAGUUGACGUAUCAUUAUAAUUAUGCGGUCGAUGAAGUUCAUGAUGCCGAAGGGAAUGUUAAGGUGAAAAGCUGUUAUUGUGGCUCUUCAGAGUGCACCGGAAGAUUGUAUUAGGUAAGUUUAUGUUAUGAUAAUUAAAAGUAAAAUCGAGUUAAGAAAAGCUUAUGUUUUGUUUUGUUUUACUUGGGCAUUUUCGAUUUUGGUAAUAGUAUUGUGGAGAAGAUGCUUAUGGUUGCAAUCAGUUUGGUGGUCCUUAUGAGAUCCUAAAUGACUAUGUUCAUGUUCUAUGUUUUUUAAGGUUGUAACUAGUGAACGUGUGAUCAUUUAGUUAUGUCGAUAUUCAUGUUGUUUAA